CAAAAGCGGCGGCGUCCGGCCGUCCGGCUGCCUUGGCGCACUCCAGUUGACCAGACUGUAGCACACGUAUCGCUUGGUCACUUCUGCUGCAUACGUUGGCAGCCGUAUCGGCGCUCACAGCUAGCUGCCAAAACUGCUUUGGCAAGCGCCGACGCCGCAGCGGUCAAGCGGCGUCGAGGUCAAGCGCCGACGCCGCAGCGGUCGAUGGCCAAGCUCAAAGUGCGCAAAGCCACGCUGCCCUGGCUCUUCGUCGGCCUGAGUUGCAUUGCGUUAAUUGUGCUGCAUCAAUCAACAUCACAGCUGACCGACCGCGACGCGCACUACAAAGAGGAAUUGCAGAGGCUGCGGGCGCUCGCAGGAACGCAGGUCACGACGCACGCGACGACGCGGCCCCCGGCGCCCGCCGCGGCGGCGGCCUUUGUCAACCGCGCGACAACUCCGCCGGCGACGACAACAAAAAAACUCUGGCUGGCAGUAGGACUGCCCACGGUCCCGCGCUUGAAUGACGAGGACUACCUCGGGACCACGCUCAACGCCUUCGCGCGCGAAUUGUUUCCGGCCGAAAGUAUGUUAGCGGGCGCCGUCGGCGUCUUUGUCGUGAACGUGCACGGCGCCGGGCACAAGCGCUUCGACGAGGCCAAGGAGCGCUUCUCCACGAAUCCAGCUUUCCGCUUCUCAGAAAAAGCCGAGGACCCGGCCCUCACGGCGAACCGCGUCGACCCGCCCCACGUCGCGGGAAAUGCAAAUAGACCGGGCUGGCGCGUGCGGAAGCAGACGCGCGACGUGGCGUCGGUGUUGAGGAUAGUGCAUGAUCAAGCGAGGUACUUUGUGUUCGGGGAGGACGACAUGGCGCUCUGCGACCAUGGGUUCCGGGCCAUGGCGUACAUUAUUGAAAGGGCCUCGCGCUUCUAUCCCGACUGGCUCGCCAUCCGGGCCUCGUUUGGGAUGAACGGCAUUUUUCUCAAAGAUGCGGACUUGUUGCCGUUUGCGGAUUACCUGGAAGAGCAUCAGGCCCGGCGGCCGCCGGACCAUUUGGUCGUGGAGUGGUUCGCCGGGGAGCGCGACCAGUCAAAAACCUACAAAAAUAACCGACCGCACCUGGGCUUCCGCUGGAACAUCUUUUCGCAUCUGGGGACGAAGUCGACGUUAGGGUCGCGGACGAAGCGCAUGCCCGGGUGCUUUGAGAUGUUGACAACACCAGUCGUUUUUCCGGUCGAGGCGUUCCUGAAAACAAAAUGCCCGCGCCAGGACUUCACGCCCUGCGAGGCGAUGAAGGGCCACCCCAUGCUGGACUGGGGGUCGGCGCGGGGCGUCUACCAGUGACCUGCACGCCAUCGACGCGAUGACUGUCGCCUAGUUUUUAAGUUUUAGUAAUGUUCACACAAGGUUAAGUCAAUAUCGGCGCGCAUCGCGGCGACGGCGUCGUGG